AUGCGUAUACGGUAUGUAGACGCCAGGCACCCCGGUUCUACUCACGAUGCCUAUAUAUGGAACAAUAGCGCUUUGAAGCAAAUGAUUUCAAAUUUAUUUAAUUCUUUAGGUGAUGGUGGUUUUCCUUUGGAACAGCAACUUUUGACACCCUACCGUUCAGCAGAACCGCAUUCGCCAGAAGGGAAAUAUAAUACUAUCCAUGCAAAGGCCCGGAAUAUUAUUGAGCGAACGAACGGUGUUCUAAAGUCAUUACUUAGAUGCCUUUCUGCCGAACGUGGUCUGCACUAUAAUUCCGAUAAAGCAGUUUCAAUUGUAAAUGCGUGUUGUGCAUUGUAUAACAUUGGAAAGCAUUACAAAGCUGAUUGGGAGGAGGAACCAACGGAAGUACUUAUGGAAGAGGCAAUAGUGAACAUGGGUGAAAAUGAAGAUAUUUUAGCAAAAGACAUAAGAAAUAGAAUUAUGCGAUCUUUAAAUGAAUAAACUAACAUAC